AUGGAUGAAGAAGCAGUGCACAGAGGACGGUUGGGCACUAAAACUGUUGUAUCCUCAGCACAGCACAGGCAAGAGGUUGUGAGUCCAUGGAGAGACCUGGAGACCUAUCCCUAUGACAAAUACCACACCAUGGGGGAGAUCUAUCAGUGGAUGAGCCAGAUCAGUGAGAAAUACCCAGAAGUGGUGACACAGCAUUUCCUGGGAAUGACUUAUGAGACAUGACCCAUGUACUACCUGAAGAUCAGUCAACCACCCAGCAACCCCAAGAAGAUCAUCUGGAUGGACUGUGGAAUUCAUGCCAGGGAAUGGAUUGCCCCCACUUUUUGCCAGUGGCUUGUGAGAGAAAUUCUACAAAACUAUAAAGACAACUCAAGGAUAAGCAGGCUUCUUGGGAACCUGGACUCCUAUGUGCUUCCAAUCCUUAACAUUGAUGGUUAUAUCUAUACUUGGUGCAGACACUCCAUUCCAUCUUGGGAGGAUUGUCUCUGGAGGAAAUCCUGCUCAUUCCAUAAUAAUGGCACAUGUUUUGGAUCAGAUCUCAAUAGAAAUUUCAACAUCUCAUGGUGUAGUAUUGGUGCAUCCUUAAACUGCCAAGAUUCAGCAUUCUGUGGGAUAGACCCAGCGUCUGAACCAGAGACUAAAGCUGUCUCCAGCCUUGUGGAGAGCAGGAAAAAGGACAUGCUGUGCUUCCUGACCAUACACUCUUAUGGGGAGCUCAUUCUCACUCCAUACGGCUGCACCAAAAAUAAAUCAAGUAACUAUGAAGAGCUGAUUCAAGUUGGACAGAAGGCAGCAAAUGCAUUGAAAGCAAAGCAUGGAACCAAUUAUAAAGUUGGAUCAAGUGCAGAUAUUUUUUAUGUAUCAGGGUCCUCAAGGGUUUGGGCUCGAGACAUCAAGAUCCCCUUCUCAUACACAUUUGAACUGAGGGACAGUGGUACCUAUGGGUUUGUUCUGCCUGAAGUUCAGAUUCAGCCCACCUGUGAGGAGACCAUGGAAGCCUUGCUCUCACUUCUAGAUGAUGUGUAUUCAAAGUACUGGCCCACCAACAGUGCCAGGAAGGUGACAGCCACCACCGUAGCAUUGAGCAUGCUGUGCUUCUAUAUGUCUCACCUCUAA